AUGAGAGUUAUGUCAUUCCCAGGAGCACAGUGCUACGACGUUUAUUCUUUUCAAGAUCCUAUAAUUCAAGACAUGCCGUUAACCGAUUUUGACCCACUGGACUGUAGCUUCAACGUUGUCGACAUUUCUAAAGGUGAAAAAGUCUUUCUUCAACGGAGUGACGACCCAACGCCUGAAGAAGGUUUCAAGGUAGUGUUUCCUCACGCAGAUGUGCAAUCCAGUAGCCUUAUCGUGCACCCUCCAUCUGAGGUUUGGGGCUACGAUGACAAACAGCUGAUAUUGGGAGUUGUAUCAUCCUGCUACGUG